AUGCCACCGCUAGGAGCAAGCAUUAACUAUGGGGAAAACUUACGUCAUUCUGUUGAUAUUUAUAUUUAUCUUGUAGUACAGUAUAUUAUUCAAUGUUUCAUAAUAAUAUAUAUGAUAGUUCAAGCUCUAUGUUACGUCGAGCGGCUGGCGCUUGUAUUCGUUCGAUUACGUUUACGACCUCGGGUUUGUCCAACGCUACGUGAUGUGUUACCUGUACCAACAGACGAGCUUAGCUAUCCUUUUGUCGCUGUUCAAUUGCCGAUGAAAAACGAAAUCGAAUGUUGCGAAGCAAUUAUCAAUCAUGCAUGUAACUUAGACUGGCCACGAAGUCGGCUUUUCGUCCAAGUAGUUGAUGACUCGACGGACGAUGAAGCAAAAGCACUUGUCGACAAAUGUAUUCAACAGUGGGUGUGUCGUAGAUUUCCAAUAGGCAUCUCUCGACGGCCUAAUAAUCAAGGUUUUAAAGCUGGAGCUUUGUUGCAUGCAAUGCCAUCCAUUUCUCAGGCCGAAUACAUUGNUUCCGCUAUAUGGGAAGAUUCACAUAGGACAGUUAGUAUCAUUUGA